UUUUUGGGACGACAUCCCCUUAAGUACUCUACUAUUUCACCAUAUAUAUUUUUCAUAUUGCAAAAUUAUGGGGUCACUUAAGUUACACGUACAUCGUCAUGCACUAAAUAAUAACUACUGCAAAAGAAAACUUCAAGUGAAUAUCGACGCUUAAGAGUUACAACACAUCCUAUCUCUUUAGAGCAUUCAAGAACUUCGUAUUUUACUUAUAAACGGCCUAUCGCAGGGUAAGAUUUUCAGCAAUAUUUAAAAACUUCAUUGAUGAGACUUUAAAAAAUCCUACAGGACCGCCGAAACAAAAUUAAUAAAAUAUAAACGUCUUUGAGUAAAAAGGUUUACUGCAAUAGGCUGUUUUAUGUUUUUGAGACACGAUGGUCUUAAACGCUUUGGCAAGAUAAGACGCACUAAACGCUCUAGUAAUUGGAUUAUUGUUCCUCUAAGGCGUCGAUUUAUAUACAGUAUGCAGUUCUCUAAGCAGAAGUAGAAUUGGUUUUUUUAUGCUUUACAUAAGAAUUAGUUUGUUAUUUAUUAAGAAUAUAAUUUGUUAAUAAUUAGAUAUAUGUGUAUCACCGCUCCUUACCAGAACUAGCUGUACGUUCGUAAAAUCAAACUUUGCGCCUGUAUAAGUCGCUAAAGCUCUUUUCUUGUACUUUGACCAUAUGAAUGUACAUUUUCUGUUUGCGCUUUUCAAACAUUCAAUACAUGCAGUUGAAUAAUGGUUUCUUUUCUAUGUUAAUUUUCCAAAGAGUAAUUGAACAUUAAAAAAAAAUAUCCUGACAAAGUUGCGAUAUAGUACAUUAUGAUACUAGUGGCAUGAAUUGUACUUUACGGCACGGCGUGUAUAAGAGCCCGAGCGCAGCGAGUGCGUUUAAGGGGUUGUCGUCCAAAAAUAUACUGUUUCUUUAUUACAUAAAACUUUUUGAAUAAAGUUUGCAAAUGAAAAACCGAGUCUGUAGCGCCGUAAUGUUAAGUUUAAUGAACCGUUCUACCGAAAGAAAAUUUCGAUCGGACUUUCUGUUUUUCUAAAAUCUUGGAAAUACGAACAGAUGUUUAUGCGUACUUCGUCGUACUCAUGCGAUUGCAACGCCAACCUUAAAAUCUAAUUUUACAUAAAACCUUUUUAAAUAAAGCUUGCAAAUCAAAAACCGAGUCGGUAGCGCCGUAGUGUUAAGUUUAAUGAAUUGUUCUACCGAAAGAAAAAUUUGAUCGGACUUUCUGUUUUUCUAGAAGUUUGGAAAUACAAAAUAUCCCGUGGCGGAUUUGCGAAGCUUUUGCGCCGACAUCCCCUUAACGCCGUGUCAUGAAGAACGACUUAUGACACGUGUAUCGUACAAUAUUUUAUAGCAUCUGCCUGAUAUAAGUCCGCUGUCACGCCUAUCCGUGGCUUUAGCAGUCCAUUUUUUCACCGUACAGUUAUCGCCCGAGCGUAUAAUGAGAUAGGCGUGACAUAGGUGCGGACUUAUGCCACGCAAAGCUAUAAAGCAUUUUUUUAGUAUUCUAUACAUGUCCUAUUAUUCUAGAAAAGAGUAGUCCCAGGAACGUAGCCCAUAAUUUUUAAAUUUUGCGUUGAUGCUUUAAUACCUACAUACUUAUCCAUCACCUAUGUUCUUCUGAUGGCUACGUGUGACGUCUAUGUUCUUCGUGAUCAAACCAUCAUAUGCAACGAUCUUAUGAAUGUUCGUCUCGUUGUCUCGCACACCCUCGAGUACGUCCUUAUUUUUUCUAAAUGUUUGAUAUCCUUUACAAAUUUUAUCAAAUUUAAACUUUAUUUUUUAGAUUUCAUAAAAUAUUUAACAUUUUUAAAAUUUUUCAAAUCAUUUAAUCAUUAUAUGAAUAAAAAUUUUGUGUUGAAAUUCGUCAAAAAAGUCACGGAAUGAAUAAUGUCAUCAGUUACCAGAAAGCAAAACUUUCACCAGACAAUAUUUUAUACAAUCUUGUUCUCGAAAAGUAUUGACCAUUCUUAAUUUUGUCUUGGUCUCGUUUGAUUCCAACAAUCGAAAAUAUUGUCUUAUCCCCAUAUUGUAUUGGUAUUGUCUCGAAAAUAUUGGUCUUGUCACAAAUCAUUAUGCGAGUUAUUUGUAUGCAAACAUUUUUCGUAAUUCUAUACCUUUAUUUGUAAAAAUCUGAGAUCUGAAGGAAAAAAUUUUCAAUUUUAGGGUACACCCACCAGACAAACUUUUAGGUUCCGUAGACCAUUCAGAUCAUGGUAAACCUUGCGUUUUAGCGAUAUUGAAAUACUUAUUUUUUUGCCAGGCAGUUUAAAUUGUCUUGCGGGAAAUCAACAUGGGAAGUAUGAACGAAAACUAUCUAUUUUUCAAUGGCGUGUACAUAAUGUUUAGAGGCGCAGUCAGAGAAAAUGCACUGCAAGAAUCAAAGUGAAGUUAAAGAGCUUCAAUUUUAGCCCUUUUGGGUUAAAAAUUGUUGUCUAGGUAGUAUAAAUUGUAUAUCGAUACCAAUAGGCAGUGCACCAAGUGGUAUAUAUAUAGAUUAUUUUGGCAGACGCUUAGGCGUAAUAAUUAUGACAAUUCCUAUGUUCCUCGGAUGGCUCAUUCUUCAUUUCGCUGAUGACAUAUUUGAUGUCCUUGUUGCGCUGACUUUGAUCGGCAUUGCUUGUGGUAUCGUGGAGGGUCCAAUUUUCAUGUACAUUGCUGAAAUCAGCGAGACAAGAUUUCGAAGCGCCCUGUUGUCUACUGCCAAUACAGCGGCUAUCGUGGGUUCGUUUUUCAUCGUCUUAGUGGGCAGUCUUGUAUAUUGGAGGAUAUUGGUUCUUACAUAUGCGGUACUUUCAAUUGUUAGCAUUUUCGUAAUAUGUUUGGUGCCCGAAAGCCCUUACUGGCUUGCAAGCAAGGCAAAGUUCGAAGAAGCCAAAGAUGCCUUGUCUUGGCUCAGAGGGUGGGCAACACAUUCGAACGUUAUGGAAGAAUUCUGUAUGUUGGGCGAAGCUUUUCAAAGUACUUCAAAUUCUAAAACUGAUUUUAAAUUGCGUAGUAUUUUUCUAAUACAUAAUAUAAGAAAUUCUGUUAAACCUUUUUUGCAAAAGUCUUUUUGUAUGCCGUUUAUGCUUACAACAUUUCUAUUUUUUAUUCAUGCUUUCAACGGUACAUCGAUACUAGUUUACUCAGUCGUUAUAUUUAAAAAUAUCAAUACACCGAUUGAUAGUUAUGCUGCGUCUGUAAUUAUGGGAUUGUUCAAUGUGAUUGGAACGGUUUUGUCUAUAAUUGUGAUUCCCUGGAUAGGAAAGAGAAAAGUUUGUUUUAUGACGACUAUCAUUCCGAGUAUAUCUUUGUUGCUGGCGUCAAUUUAUAUUUUACUUUAUAACGAAGGACAUGUAGCUGACAAAAACUUAACAUGGAUUCCAGUAAAUAUGCUGUUUCUAACUAUAUUAUUUAUAGCUGGAUUUAACACGGUUCCUUGGAUUUUUAUUGGGGAAGUGUUUCCAGCUACAUUACGAAGCACGGGUUCUGGUAUCGUGAUAGCUUUAUUUUAUACUUUUUCAUGGGCAAUUAACAUCGAAUAUUUAUACAUGGUCAAAGAAAUAAAUUUUUUCGGUUCUUUUCUCUUUUUCUCUGUCAUUAACUUUAUCGGAUGUAUUGUGCUAUUUAUAUUGCUCCCAGAAACCGAAGGAAAAUCGCUUGAAAAGAUUCAAAGCUAUUUUUCAGACAAUACAAAUAUAAAGCAAUCACAAAAUAACGAAAUUUGUGGACAUGUAGAUGAUGUAGAUUUUAUGUAGAACAAAGCGAGAUAAGUAUAAACUUAUUCUAGUAUAGUAAUAAAUUAUAGUCAGUAAUAAAUUUAUGUAAUAACAAAUACAUCGUAAAGUUUAACUUUAGUAAUUUAAUUAAUAAAAUGGUAAAUUCAAUAGAA